GGAGCAAGAUGGCGACGGAAGUAUUGUGAUCUCGCAGCAGCGUUUUAUUGAGAUAUUCUAAAUGUCGGGGACACGUUUGACAAGGAAGGUUACGGUAGAAGGAAGUAAGAAGCUUCCAGAAGGAAGUAGCCAGAGUUCGUCAUCGAGCUCAGGAACCAGGCGAAGUGUUUUUGACAGACUAGGUCCAGGGACAAGCGAAGUGAGUGACUAUAAAAUCAUGCGAAUAUUAUUUGAAAUCUUGUCGGUUUAUUUCGUAGCCGAAUGGAAUGCUUGUGUUUCCCCGCCGAUUACAUGGAACGAUAUAAAAAAAAACAGCAAAGUGACUCCUUUCAUGUAGAAUCAAAGGAAGAGUUUACUAGUGAUAAAUUGAUUAAUAACAUGUGUGUGUGUGUGGCUGUCAGUUACUAUUUAAUCCUCUAACUCUUAAGAUCUGACCGUUAAUUCCUCCCCCUCCCUAGCUGCUUCACAAUUCCUUGUAAAUUUGUUUUGAGAAUUUGGUGUUAGAUCAAGAUGACAGCUUCUACCUGAUAAGUUUGAAAGUCUCGUCACCUGUUUGUUGGAUAAUGAAUAAAUAUUAUAGGGAGAAGUUUUAUGAUGAGAACUUGAGAGUUAAAGGAUUGACAAAAUCAAUAAGUGGGAAAGAUUUUUAGAAAAUAGGGGGCUGAAACUCAAGUAAAUUUCAUUUAAGAUUUACUAAUCAGAUGGGAUUUCCUAGACUGGCAAAAUGUUGACUAUAGUCAGCAUGAUUUGAGCUCAAGUUCAGUCCAUUAUUUAAGAGUUGAACACCCCCCUGCCCCAUUAUUUAUAUAAAAGAGAAACACAAUGAACCUGGCCUGAAACAGAGGGAGAGGAACCUAAAUUAACUAGCAAAUGUAUAAAAGAAAGAUUACACGCCCCAAGUUAACAGUGACUUGUAUUGUUUUCAGGAUACAAUGUAGGUAGGUAACAUUUUUUGAAAAGUCCUUUUGGUAAACAUUAGCCUCUUAACCCUUUAUACCUUAACAUCAGUAUGUAUAUUCUCCAAAAUGUUCACUAUACAUUUUCUGAGGUGGUGACAAGGAGAAUUUAUCCAAUAAGCAAGGUUCGUUAGUUGGUGAUCAUUUCCUUUAUUCUUGUAACCUUGAUAUUUGAUUCAGAGGUGAUAGUGUAAGGAGAAAUUAGAUGCUAAGAAUUUUUAGGGGUUCAAAUGGUUAGGGGAAUUAAUGAGGGGCUCAUUGAUGAAAACUUUAUAAAUGAGAAUUACACACAGGUGUGAAUCAUAAGGACCUCUCUUUCCUUGCACUUUUUCUUGUUUGCAGGUCAGAUAUGCAAAGUCAGUCUAAAAAUGUGACCACUAUAUAGAUGUCAAUACUUAGUAGUCUGUAAUUUUUUUUUUACAUAGCGUUCAAGAUCUAGAGAGUCAUAUCCUCCUGAAAAAUGUAGAAACUGGUUGCGAGAUGGAAGAUGUCAAUUUGGAAGAAAUUGUAAAUUUCUUCACGGACCAUUUUCUGAACCAAAAUCAAGAACUAAGAGUGUCAGAAGCAUUGUGAGAACUGAUGUUGACAGGUAUGAUUUUUGUAGUAACAUUGAAGUAAAAACUAAAAAUUGUGUGUUUCUUAGUUUGACUAAAGUUUGCAGCGAAAAAAUUAGAAAAAAAUUAGAAUCAUACUUUGGGAUCACUUGCAGAUUUAAGUGUGUAAAAGGAAGUGUUUUUUCUAGUUAUGAACCAUGACAGAUUAAUACUAGGGUACAUAAAUAGCUAUACAUAUACUGGGAUUGCAUUCUUGCUGAUAAUCUAGUUGUUUAACCCUUGAACUCCCAUGAGUGACCAAAACAGAGUUUAUCCUCACAAUAUCAAUACAAUAUCAGGUGGACAAGCAACGAGAAUAAAGAACAAUGUCAAUCAGGGGAUUAUUAGUUGAUCCAGUACCAAAUUCUCUGAACUAACAUCACAAUAAUUAUAUAGCAGAUAGUAAGGAGAAUUACUAAUGAGAUCUUGGGAGCUUAAGGGUUAAAUAAACUUUUGAAUAUUUAUUUGGUUGUUUUUAAUCAUUCAACAACCAACACAUGUUUCUUGCAAGGGAGUUUUUAGUAGAUUGCUUUCCAUUCAAUGGUGAACUCUUUGUUAUAAUCAGGGUCUCUGCUUAUAUGCAAGAGUUUUCUUCACAAGCUUUAGCCCAUGGCCAGGUCUCAUAAGUUUGGGGUCUUGCAUAGCUCAAGGCCUCAUAAUUUCCUUAGGGUGAUGUAACACUCAUGCCAAAGCUCUAAUAAUGAGAGCCUGCUGGCUUGCUCUGUAAGGGUGAGGUAAUUUAGUAUUGUCAACUGAGUUGGCCACUGUUAGGAGUUUCAAAGCUGACGUUUCAAGUGAUUGCCCUUUGUCAUUCAUUCUGAGGAAGGGCAAACAAUCGAAAUUUCAGUUUUGAAACUCUUUGCCAUGACCAAUUUGCAUUAUCAACUCAGUUGAUAAUAUUAAAUUACCUUGUUCUACUCUCCCACUGAUGCAGCACCACAGUUUCUUUAGAAACUUACCCCCUUUGUGCAAACUAACUUUCUUUUUUGCUCUUUAUCUUUACCAAUGAUGUGAUGCGGGUCUUGGUAUAAACAGAUCAGAAGGAGGUAAGAAUUAUUGCGAAUUGCUGUAGAUUUUAUUUCAAUUGUUCCUGUAAUUUUGAUUUGGGCAUAUGUGUAUGCUGCAAGUAGUAGAGAGGCCAUAGAAUUCAAUGGUCUGAUUAUGUUAAACAAAUUUUAGUCAUUGUUUAAUAAAACUGCAUCCUAAACAAUCCUCAGUUUAGCUGACCUUUUAUCUGAACGUUCAUUUUGAUGAACAGUGUUAAGAGGGCCAAAGUUAAUUAACCCUUUCAGUCCCACUAGUGAUCUAGACAGAAUUUCUCCUUACAUUAUCAGCAUGAUAUUAAGUAGCCAAGUAAUGAGAAUAAAGAAAAAUAUCAAUUAGGAGAUUAUUGGUCGUUCCAAUUUCAAAUUCUCCAAACAAACAUCAUAUAAAUUGUAUGGCAGACAGUAAGGAGAAUUACUCAUGAAAUCUUAAGAGUUAGAGGGUUGACAAGGGAAGGACAUUCAUUUACUUAGAUCAACCCUCUUAUGGUGAAAGACUGAGGCCUAGUUAUUGUGUAAAACUGUGGUUUGGGUUACCAGGGUAGACCUCAGGUAAAUAACUGGCCCAGAAGGCCACAGCUGAUUGAAAGAACCUUUCUUGUUUUAUUAUGGUAGCUUUGGAGAUAAUCAAAGAGGUCAAUGUAUAUUUGUGAGCUUAUAAUUUGACGUGACAUUUAUGCAUAUCAUGAUUGGAGCAAGGCACUCUGAAAUCAAUUCUCUUGCCAAAGAACACAAUACAUUAAGCCCUGCAACUACUUUGCCAUUAUACUUAUUUGAAAAUAAAACAACUACAACAACCACAAAAAACUGAAAGAAGUACAAUGGACAACAGAAUACAAAAUUAUUAUUUUAUGAAACAUUAAUACUUAUUUCCCUUUAUACUCUAAUAUCAGUAUGUAUAUUCUCAAUACUGUGCUCUAAAGGUUUCUUAUAGUAUUGGCAAGGAGAAUUUGUUGAACAAUCAAAGCUUCAUCAACAGAGUGGCUGUACUCUCACAACUUUUAAUUUUUGAUUGAUUAGUGAUAAUGUACUGAGAUAUUAGAUCCUAAUCACUUUUAAGGGUUAAAGAGUUAUUUAUAUUUUACCAGAUUAUUACAUUAAUUAUCACUGGUAUUUCAUUUUCUUCAAGAUGAUGGUGCCAUUACUGUUCGAACUCAAAGUCUUGAUAGUUUAGAGCCUGAUGAUGAUGAUGAGAAAGAAAUUUCAGUUCUGAAAAAGAAGAAACAUAGACCUCUGGAGGAAUCCUCUGAGCCAAGCAAGAAAAGUGAGAAGCUAAAGAGACGACAGCAGAUUGAUCAAGACUCAUCUCAAGGUAAGGGUUGUUUAAUUCAAAUAGGCAGGAGAAUUUUUCUCGUUUUGAAUACUGACUUUUUAUAACACAUCUCUUAAAGUAAUUGACAGCACGUUUUGUAACGUGUCUGUGAAGGUAACUGACAGUAACACUUAAAUGGUCUGAUCGGCCAGUUUCGAUAUUUCGGAAUCGUCAUAGAACUACACCUCUAAGUUUAACUUUUCGUUACAAAGCAGCGACUUUCGUCCGUUUAUUUAUUGCUUUUCUUAAUCAAAAAUCAGGUGAGGGGGACGAUGGAGAUGACCACCGGAAACGAAAAAAGAAAGUGAGAAAGCGUCAACUCAGCGGCGGAGUUGUCAUCGCUAAGCACGAGAGUCCAGAGGAAGAGGAAAGGGACUGGGGAGACGAAGAUUACGAGGAGGAACGUAGCGAUCUGGAGUGGGAAGAGCGGGGUGAGCUGGACUACGAGCGGCAGCUCAAUUUAGAGAAGAGACGACAAGAUCUUCAACGCCAGCUGGCUCUCAUGGACGAAGAGGACGCUAAGAGGGAGAAGGCCGAACGAAAGGUGAAAGAUGUGAAGAAAGAGAGAGAUGAAGACCUCAAACCUGCGAUUCCCGUGGUUCAUAGCAAGCUGCACCCAGAGAAGUCGUCCGUAUCUCCUGCAGAUGAGUUUUCACCAGUCUCCUCACAGUCGACUCCGAAGAAAAAGAAGAAAAAGGCGGAUGGGGAAGGGAAGAAGGUGAAGGCGAAACGUAAGAUCUCUCCGUCAACAAAAGGGCUGAAAAAACGGAAAGGUGUUAAACCAGCUGCUGGAGGUUCGAAUGGUGGGAUUGUGGAGGAAAGACCUCAAAAAGUGACAGAUGUAUCACCCGAAAAGCCUAAAGCAUCUGUUCGAACGCAGCCUGAGUUUGAGGAAACAGCUACAGAAAAGCCACGGGUCCCAAAGAAGAAGCAGGUGAAGCCCAAGAAAAAAGAAAGCCAAGCAACCAGGAUUUCUGAGGAUACUUAUUUAAGUCCCACGGGUUCCUCUGGGCAAAUACCUCCGCGAACUCUUCCACCGGAGGAGAUUUCAAGGGAAAAGAGAUCACCUACUCCGGAAGAGCAAAGGGUACCUGUGGAAAAACUGCGUCGAAGAACAGCUCUAUCGUCUCCAGAAGGCUCUAAUUCUCCAGCCCCUCCCUACGGCAGCGAGAGCAGGACUCGCAGGAGCACGGACCCCUCCGACGGAAGUAUUCGAAAAACUGUUCGUGAGGUCCACAAUAACGAGCCGCCGGGAGAAGCAGAACACAAAGUAAAAGCGAAAGGCCACGAGAAGCCUUACAGAGAAGAAAGAUCGCCUGGUACACCAGAACACGGACGAAGAGUAGUGGCAAUAAAAGAUACACGUCAUGUGGAGGAGGGAAGGAGCGAGAGACGAAAGAAAGUUGUUGACGAAGAACCACCGCGCAGCCCAUCUCCCGAAGAUAUCCCCGCUCGGGACCCUAUCACACCACCCGGGGAACAGCGCAGACAUAGGACCCCACCGCCCAGGGGAGACAGACGAGGACCACAGACUCCUCCGGGUGAACCUGAUUACGAUGACGCACCAAAGCAAGGCUCAAGCGACCGGGGUGCCCCUCGGCACCGUGGACCCUACACUCCACCUACCCCUAGCAAUCCCCCGGUGCGCAGUCGAGAUGAAAGAAAUCGCGAAGAAUUUCACGACGGGAGAUCUGAGUCGCUGCCUUAUCGCGAGGAGGCGUCUGUGCCUCGAAGCAAAGAGCGACCUGAACGUGAUACCAGGUACUCAAGACAGAGGGGUGAUGAUGGGGUCGACGACAUGUCGCGAGGCAGCCGAGGUCAUGCUUCAGUAGACGAAGAUUAUCCGAGGGCCCGACUUCGAGACGAAGAACCUGGCAGACUAAGACAUCGCAAUGAACGUCAGGACGACUAUCACCAACGCAAUCGCCCAAAAGAUGACCGAAGCGACGACUUUUACCGAGCUCGAGAUCGUGAGCCAGAUCGAAGUGACGACCAUUACCGAAGCCGGGCAGAAGAGCCCCGAGGCGGUGAACCACCACGCAGGAAACCCGAGGUAGACGAGGAAUAUCUUCGAAGACGCGAAGAUCGCGAUGAAGAUCAUUUACGUUCCCGCAAUCGAGAGUUAGAGAGAGAGGAAGAACGUUCGCGACGGAGAGACGAUCGCAGUGACGACCAUCAACGAGGCCGUGUCCGUGACGAGCACGAAGAUGACAUGCAGAGGCCCCGAGGCGGGCGUGAUUUUCCCAGGCGUCCGUUCGAAGGGGGAGAUGAAAGACACUGGGAAGGGCGCGGUGAAAGAGACAACAGAGAGGUGCAGUUUGGCGACCGGGAUAGAAGGAGACCGGAUAUGCCUCGGCAAGACAUAUCUGAUAAGUAAGUAAUUAAUUUUCCGCUGUGUUGUCAGUGAGGUUUUAAUUACUGUGCACUUCAAGUCAUUUACAGACGUUGAGUUUGUCCUUUACUUUACAAGUUUUUCCGUCAAUUUUAUGACCGAUUAGUCAUCGCUUUAUUUCCAACAGAGAGUAUCUAACUGCCCAACCUGGUUCAACCUGGCCAAUUCAAGCAUUGUUUUUUGGUCCCAAAACGUGCACUUAAAACGAGCUAUGUUCUUUGUUUCAGCCGCAGCCGUGAAAGAGCCGGAGAGAGACCACGUGACAGAGAAGGUCGUUAUCCACCGCCUGGGCCUGGGCCUGACCAUCACAGACGUUCGCCUCCCAUCCCCCACGGCUCACGUCGAUCACCUCCACCCCAUGGACCUCCGCGCGGGCCGCAUCGAUUUGAAGAGCGAAGACGUAGUUUAUCUCCAGGAGGACGCAGGGAGGAGGGUUAUCGCCAGGGUCCUCCACGAGACCAAGGCGGUUAUGGUAUGGGACGUGAGUCAGCGCAUGGGAGAGGGGGGCACUCCGCGCCUUUCGAAAACCGCGGUCGAACCGUCGAGAGUAGAAGAAGAAUUUCACCUCCACCUAGACAGUAUGCAGAGCGUGGCCGAGGUGCCCCGCGAGGCAGAGGAGUCAGAGGUGAGCAGACCUCUGUUAUAUGCAAUAGAUGAUGUUUGUUGUUUAUGAGAAGUCUGAGAUAAUAACCGACAGGCCCUUGGGUGUCGAGAUAGAUGCUUGUCUCGGGUAUUUUCCGGGAAUUGGAAACUUUAUCACAAGUAGUUGAUUAGUUAUAUUAGUGUGGUGAGGGAUCGUUUUAAUUUCCUGUCUUAUGUCAUUUGGUGAUCUCACCAUUCUCACUGAUCAAGAAAAUGUCUGUGCUUGGCUGGUUGCCCCAACUUUGUGCCCUGUGUCCCUUUCACUUUGCGCAAAAACGGCUCAUUAACUGCUUUUAAUCGCUAUGCUACGAUGCCACCACCUUACUACCAGGGUAGUAACUUGGUGGUGUGCUUUCAGGGUUUCAUAACCAAGUUGUCUCACAAAAGUUACAAACAACCACAUAGGCCAGCAAGUCCCGGUGCAAUGCGGCAUUUUGUAAUAACGACGCAUUUUAUGUUAACUUACGCAUUUUGUCUCACUAUGUAAGAGUCAGGCUAAUAAAUCGCGUAUUGAAAGUUGCGUUUCGAUUGCUAUACUAUUGGUCUUUGUCAGGCGAUGAGGUCGGGCAGAACGCUCGAGUGAACCGCCAUUCACCAAACCACAAACUAGUCUGCUCUUUCUUGUGUUCACAGUUUUCUGAGUUUCAUAGUGUUCUUAAAUUUCCCUCUUACGUUUAAUUUGACCAUAGGGGGCCGAGGUUUUCCCGACAGAAGUCGGCCGCCAGGGGACCGGUACCAAGACCCUCCUCGUGAUAGAGCGGCGCCAUGGGAUCCCGAGCGCCGACGUGAAAGAGAUCAUCCACGCGACCGGAAUCGUCCGCACGACGAAUCGCGUGAUCGGGACAGACGUCCGAGAGGUGAACUGUCUCCAGGCCGAGGUCCAAGACACUGGGAGGAUAGGAGAGCUGGUAAGUGCAUUUUAUUUUUUAUUUCUAAUGCAAUAAUAAUAUUUUAGACAAUUAGCAAUGGGUAGUUUUUAAUAUUUUCAAUUUAGAAAGCGCUGCGUCUGUUUAUGAUAAAAUUUUAUUAUACUAUCUCUGUUUCUUUUUUACAAAUGGUAAAACUUUUCGCGGAAAAAGAGACGUCGGAAUGCCAAUGGUUUUUGUGCUUGUAGUACAUCACUUUCAUUUUUAUUGAAGAAAAUGUGCGAGAGCAAACUUUUCCAAUCCCUUGUGAUCAAGAUUGUAGAUUUUAAUAAUAAUAGUAAUGACAAUAAUAACAAUCACAACGAUUAAGAUUUGUAAAGCGCAACUCCAUGUAAGCAUGAUCGAGACAAAAAUUGGGAUUCCCGCGAGUUCACCUUGACUUGACUCCCGUUUGAUUGGGAAGAUAAUUUAUUUUCUGGUAAAGUUGCAUGGAUUUGCUCUAAGGUUAUUUUGCGUAAGGGCGUCUGCAAGUUUAUUUAGUGUGACAAUAUUCGCCUGUUGGAGUUCCUCCAUGAAUAUGCUUCCCUUACGCGUCACUUAUUUAAGAGGGGAACAUCCUGACAGAUGAGCAUUUGGUCGAUCAAUCCCAAGCGGUAAUCUCUGACGGGUUGUGAAGUGGUUAAGUAGGGAGUUUAAGAUGUCACUAGGGCGAUGUGUGGGAAAACGUUGCCGAAAACAAAGAUCCUUUUCUACUAAGAGUUUCGCCACUAUCUCGAUGCGUUUACCGUUUUCAACAAUACAACAUAUUCCUUUCGGCAUGACAUGGGAAAGUUGUGUUGAAUUCAAGGUAAAAGCAUGAAUAAACUGCUGUCCAGGUUUCCUUGCUUAGAGGACGUAAAGGUGAUUUCAUGCCUCACAUGGGACGGCUAAGAAAUGAUCGAAGUUUGAAACACACGGGCAGCGCUAUGGUGUGCUCAUUAGAUCUCUUGUUUGCUACAUUCUCGUUGCCGUCGCCAUCGUGGUAGUCUUUAAGUCACUUAUGUUUUCAUCCAAGCGAAUCGCCCUCUUUAUUCCUUAGGGAGCCCGGGACGAGUCGUUAGCCCAUCGCGCGACCGCCGUACGCAUGAGCAAGAGAAGAUAUCGCGUGAAGCGGAGGAAGAGCGCAGGCGUCGUUCGGACGAAGAAGAAGAUGAAGAAUGGGAAUACGAAGAAGAUUUAGGAGACGAAAAAGAUAAGAUACCACGACAAGGAGAAAGGUAGGAGGUGGUACUUAAUUUCUUCUUCAUCCGCAACGACGAUAGACUUGUUUCGCGCGCAUUAACCACAUGGGGGUUGACAUCUUAAAUCCAAGGGACGCACCAAUAUUUUAUGGGGGGAGGGGCGGGAGCAGGGGAAGUUGUUAUGAUUAAAACGUUUUCACGACGAGCAGUUUUGUUCAAAUUCCAAUCUCUCUUUUCUGCUAUAAAGAUCCGUCGCGCUUUUCUUUUCAGUUUCUGUAUCGUUGAUCGAUAUCGAAAUGGAAUUAAGCACCUCACCUACCACGUUCUUCUUUACUUUUUUCGGUUUAAUGUUCGAAAGGAGUGGAGAGCCAUCUUCACUGAAUAAUCGCUUUCAUUAUGUUUGCUUACGAUAUACAGAAAAAGACCUAGAGAAACAGGCUCGUCCAUAUCAACCAUCGAGUCGCCUGCGGGAGGGAAAAAGCGCCGAAGUGAAACCCCUGAGAUGGAAGUAACGCCAGGAGGGGAGGUGCCCGAAGGAGUCGUAAAACAGGAUGAUUAUGAGAAGGACGUCAUUACCGCAGCUCCCGUCAAGCAAACCGCAAAACCUAAGAAAAAGAAGGUGGGGAAAAAAGGGAAAGGUCCAAAACCUGACGGUGAACCUGAUGUUGAAACUCAAAAACCACCAGAGCCGCCUGCAGAGUCAGAGGAAUCGCCGGAAGGUGAGAAGCCUUUCAAGGUUGAGAAAAAGCUGAAGAAAGAAAAAGGAAAGACAAAAGAGACAAAAGAGAAGGUGACGAAAAAGAAGAAGAAGAACAUCGGUGUGGUGGCAUCAGAGCCCGGACUGGGCCCAGAAAAAACCGAAGAACCAACGAGCGUGACGGAAGAAAGUGGGGUAGCGUCGUCGGAAAAUCUUGGAGAAGUAACACAACAGUCCGAAGAGGAACUGAUUCCAAAGGUGGCUAAAAAACGCCGGCAUCCAGUUGCUCCUGAUGGGGAGGAAACGAAGAUGAAGGGUGGUGAUAAACCACCAAAGAAAAAGAAAAAGAAGAAACAUCAGCCCGAGGUUGUCGUUCAACCUUGGGCUGACCUUGAAGACGAGGAUGAAGAAAUGGUUCAAUACAAGUCCGAAGGCAACGAGCGCCAGGGUAGUGUCAAGGAUAGUCAGUUUGGACAGGUUGGGAACAUCGACGAGAAUAAAUCGUCUGACACAGUUGCAGAUGGAAGGAAGGAAACUGGAGAUGCUCCCAAAGAUGAGGAAUCCGUGACAGUGUUCAGUGAUUGGAGCGACGAUAGUCCUAUCGGAGACGACGCGUGGUCAGAUGUUAACGAACCGGAGAUUUCUGAGAGCAAACCGAAAAUCGACGAUAAGGAACGCGCAGCUACAAUGUCACCAGUUCGGAAUGAGGCGCCAACAUUCGACGAUGUUUACGACCCAAUAAGCGACGAUGAACUCGACGCCAUGUUAGGGGACGACGAUGAGGAUGCCAGAGCUGGGGUUUCUGAUAGUAAAGGUCCAUCUAGUGCUCCUAUGGCGGUUGAAGACGUUGAUUGGAGCGCGUUGGUCUCCGCGCAAAACACCUCAGACAAAACAGGUAAGUUCUUUUUCCUUGCAAAAACACAAAACGUUUUGGACUAAUAGUAGCUUAUCUGAUGUUAUCGCAAUUUUACGGCAAUGCAUCUGCUACAUGGAUAAGAAUAUGGAUGCCGGAAAGGUCCCGUUUUGAGCCCAGGCCGCCAGCGGCUAAUACGUUAUGUUGUUAGACGAGGCGCUUAACUGUCACAAUGUCUCUUUCCACGUAGAAGUAUAGAUGGUUUCCGGCGAACUGUGCGCAAAACCUGCAAUUUACAGUAUUUAGCAUUUCCGUGACCCUUUAACUCCCAUGAGUGACCAAGACAGAAUUUCUCCUUACAGUAUUAAUACAACAUCAAACCGACAAGCAAUGAGAAUAAAGAAAAAUAUCAAUUUGGGGAUUAGUAGUUGAUGCAAUACCAUAUUCUCCAAACUAACAUCAUAAGAAUUGUAUAGCAGACAGUGAGGAGUAUUACUAACGAGAUCUUGGGAAUGAAAGGGUUAAGGAUUAUCUUUACUCUUGAUCGCUUUUUGCUAAAACAACCGAGACAUACACCAGCGGUGUUGAUCACUUGGCUUGCUGACCUGAGAAAAUUUCCUAUGGAUUCCUUUCUUUCAUUUCAGGAGAAGAACCUGGAGCUCACUUAAAGCGCUUUACACCAGGUCAUGUGUUCUCGCGCAUUGGAAUCUCUUCGUCGCUUGCUGGUCCGCGGUUAACCAAAUUGGUGCAAAAAGCGUACGCUGAGGUGGCAAAAGAUAAACCUGCAGUGACGGAGACAGUUGACACGAGUGAUGUCGACGACGGGGGUGAUUCAAAAGUCAUAAACAGUAUUGGUGCGCUGGUGGCAGGUGCGGCUGCCAAAAGGCGCGAAAGAGGGACGUUGUUCACAGACGUUGGACCUUGCAGACGGGCAUUGUGCGCCCGCAUGGAUCUGGCGAUGAGAAAGCGACUGAGGAGGCUGACGGGCAAGGUUGGUUAAGACCUGCACCUUCAUAGUUUCUAAAUUAACACAAUGUAACGCUAAUUACCCCAGUUGUUUAAGACAGGAGACAUAAAAAGAAGAAGAAAAAAAUAAUAAGCUUUGAGCACUCCUCUAUGCUCCAUCUCAAGGCUCAUUUUCUAUCUUGUGUUGUUUAUUCUUUCCUAGGUCGGCCUUUUCCAAGUGCCAUCAACCGCCCCAGUCGACAACGAACUUUAUUCCAUGAGCGUGGCCUUGUACAAACACGAACAUUCUGCCAUGGACUCUUCUGUGACGAAGUUAAUCCCCUCCAGGGUGGGGGCGGUGCUUGCCACAGUGAAUUCUUAAGAUUCUUAAGCUAGGUUGCUUAGACCACAUUUGCUGGUCUGGGCGUCAAUUAGGAAAGUGGCCAAUUUUUAACUAUGAAAGAUAGCUCAGGUACUACAAUAUACUAACAGAAAAUACUCUUACUCAAGAACUAGAUUAUUGUCCGUUUGUGAAAUAAAGUAUGCCAAUAUUAC